AUGGACCGUGACCCCACGGACCACAAGCCAAAACGUCGCCGCGUAGAUGAGGGGUACGAUGUUUCUCCUCUCAUUGCCAGUAUUGAGGAUACCCAGCAAUCCUAUAAUUCAUCGAAUCAUUUCGUCUCCAAGGACCGAAGUUGUGACAUUCAGGGCCGCAUUAUUUCGGAGCACGAACAAAUGAUUCAGGGUCUUCUGGACGAGAAGUCACUGGAUCUCCAAGUGUUUUGCGCCGUGGAGGAAUCCCCGACGUCAAACAAACCAGACCGUGCAUUUACACAAUGCCCAUGCUCUCUAAGCAUUGUUGUGUUUGGAGCCCUGGAUCUUCUCGAGGAAAUCGGAAGCUGGUUGCAGGAAUAUGAUGUUUACCUUCAAGAUCCUGUGAACGUCAGCGAACAGUAUUCCGGGCUUCGGUACUGCAACCCUCAUCGGUUAUCCUUCGAGCAGCCAGGCUCUUGUUCCCUGGUUCGUGAAGUAUCAGCACAGAAUUCGAGACUACUAGGGUUCCAAGAAAUUGGAAAUCAGCCUGAUCUUCUUGAUCUUCUGAGCAACCAUGCUCAUUUGGAGGAAGCACCGCAGCCAACGGCCACGCGGACAAGCCUCAAAAAGCAAGUGCCUGAAGAUGAAAAACACCAGAGACAGGCCCUGACAUUUAUGAUGAAACGAGAAAAAGGUUGGGCAUUUCGAGAAGACGGCGAUAUCUGGGAGAGCCCGUCCCCGCAACUCUCAUCAUCAUUCCACCGCCACUUCUCGGUACUUGGCAAGAACAAAUAUCAGAUGUCUGCAGAAUGGAAGAAGCAGGAAAAAUUAUUCUGGAUGAAGGUAAGUGUGAGGUCUUCCGUACUAUUGACAAUCUACACGGAGGGGCUCCGAUUUCUAAAACUGGUACAGAACCGUCUCGAUGACCUGGCAAGCCUCCUGAAGUUCAUACGAGCAUACCCUUACCACGACCUCAAACAAUCCAAGGCAGACAUUUCCAACCCGUGGAAGUCUGGCGACGACGAGAAGGGCAUCCAGCGAUUGAAAUAUUUAUCAGCAUCUUUGGUGCUUCGACGGCCGAAAACCACGAUAUCCCUCCCCUGUCGACGAGACCUGAAAUAUCCAGUCGAGUUCAGCAGACAGGAGAGAGAGGCAUAUGAAGCGAUUCGAGGGCAAGCAAUUAUGAAUAUCGACGAAGCGUUGCAAUCAGGGUCAGAUCCCUCGAAGGGUGUUGCUUACGUCAAUGUUCUCCAACAAAUCGAGUCUCUGAGGCUCUUCUGCAACCUGGGACUACACUACUAUAUCAGACACGAUCUCAGCAAGCGUCUUAAUGACAGCUGGGAAGCCGUGGCGCAACAGACAUUCAACGCACAACGCGAAAUGGACCCGGUCUCCUGUCUGCAUUGCUCGUCGAGUCUGGAGGUUACAGAGAGCUUACUGGACCCUGUCGAUGGCAAAGGAGAAGGGAAAUUCUUCCGCUGCAUGCAAUUUUGCUGUGGCGAGUGCGUCGGCAAGAUUCAGAGAUCCCGUGCUGAGGUUGCGUGCAGCCACAGCCCACCGUGCCCUGGAGCGACUGUGACUCUUAUUGGCCAGGCCGUUGAAGAGAUUGCGUCUUUACAGACAUUGCAUCCCCGAACGGGACUCGACUUACCGUCUAAAAUUCAAGCACUGGUGACUGACAUCAAGUGUCUCCCGAAGGAGACUAAGUGGUAA